GAAGGAGAUUGUGUUUCUGUACUACAGCCAGCAACGAAGUCUCUGUGGGAUAGCCUCCGAAUCAAUUCGAAGUUGUGCAUCAGUCUAAACUUUCACUCCCAGCUGGAUGGAAGCAUACAACCGUGGGUGUGGUGCAAGUAACAUUAUCGUUUUUUAUCGCUACCAACGUUUAUAAAUUGUUGUUGAGUGUUGCGUAUAAGCUUAUUUUUGUUGAUUGUCGCGGUGGCCAACAUGGAUACCCUGAAGACGAACCUGACCAAGCACCGUCAGGAACACUUGCUCAAGUAUUGGGAGGAAUUGAACGAGGAGCAGAAACGGCUACUAACGGAGGACAUAGACGAAUUGAAUCUUGAGGAAGUGAAUGAGUUUUUCGAACGUGCCACAUCGUCACUGACGGAGGGAAAUGAAAAACUGGACGAUAAGAUGAAACCAGUAUGUGAGGACAAAUACCUUUCGAUUUCUAGGACGGACGAAGAUCAACUGAAGAAAUACAAUGAGGAAGGAUUGAAACAGAUUGCCGAGGGAAGGGUAGGCGUACUACUAAUGGCUGGUGGACAAGGAACUAGACUGGGCUUCGCUCAUCCGAAAGGAAUGUUCAACGUGGGUCUACCGUCCAAUAAAUCACUGUUUCGUAUCCAAGGUGAGAGGAUUUUGAAAUUGCAAAGGCUCGCUGCUGAACUGACUGGAAAGAGUGGGCGUAUUACAUGGUACAUUAUGACCAGUGAACAUACCAUGAUUCCAACAAGAAAAUACUUUGAACAGAACAACUAUUUCGGACUGAAGGCAGAGGACAUAAUGAUGUUUGAACAGGGAAGCUUACCUUGCUACGAUUUCGAGGGAAAGAUUUUAUUAGAUGAGAAGCAUCGAAUCGCAAAGGCCCCCGAUGGCAAUGGAGGAUUGUAUCGAGCUUUGCGCGAUCGUGGAAUACUGGACGACAUGGAACGACGAGGCGUGUUAUAUUUACAUGCACACAGCGUUGAUAACAUAUUGAUAAAGGUCGCCGAUCCCGUUUUCAUCGGUUAUUGUGCUGAACAAAAAGCUGAUUGUGCUGCCAAGGUUGUCGAAAAGUCUCAUCCAAACGAAGCCGUCGGAGUUGUGUGCCAGGUUGAUGGAAAGUAUCAAGUAGUGGAGUAUAGUGAGAUUACCCAAAAGACUGCCGAGCUUCAAAAAGAAGACGGGCGAUUGGUUUUCAAUGCUGGUAACAUUUGCAACCACUUCUUCACGACCAGUUUUCUGCGCAAAAUUGGUUCAACAUUUGAAAAGGAUCUUAAGCUGCAUGUAGCUAAAAAGAAAAUUCCAUUCAUUGACUCAACGGGAACGCGUUGCACCCCGGAUAAACUCAAUGGAAUAAAAAUUGAAAAGUUCGUGUUUGAUGUGUUCCAAUUUGCGGAGCAUUUUGUCACAGUUGAAGUUCCACGAGAUGAAGAGUUCAGUGCUCUAAAAAACGCAGAUAGCGCCGGUAAGGACUGUGCUAGUACGGCCCGAGCCGAUAUUUACAAGCUGCAUAAGAGAUACAUCGAAACUGCUGGCGGAACUGUGAAUGGUGAAGAGUGCGAAAUUUCUCCACUUUUAUCAUAUAGCGGAGAAGGAUUGAAGGUCAUAAUACACGGAAAGACCUUGGUUAGUCCGGUGCACCUGAUGGCAGAUGAGGAAAAAGUGGCGAAUGGUGAUAAAUGAAGCAGUUCUACAAUGAGUACAGCACAGCUUGUAUUUUAUACUUAUUUUAUGAAACACGUACUUUUUACUAGGACGAAUAAAACUAUUUAGGCAAUUAAGAUAUUUUGCAAUAUAUAACAUUUCUUUUAAUAGAUAAUCCAGAUCAGUGGUUAUUGUGGCUCAGUGGUUUACAUUGAAGUCCAAUUGGCUACAAACCGCUGCUCUAGAUCCCUUACGUACGUUAUCAUGUACUAGGAAGUCUAAUGACUGACCAUUAUUAAGUGCAAUGAA